GAACACGUCGACCGGGGACAAUUGUGUUACAGGAGACAGAACAAUCAGAGCAGCUGUAAUUGAAGUGUCAACCAUAAGUGCUUGUCCAACUCGCUAUUUAAUGUAGGUAUAGUUGUCACUUGUGUUUUGGUUUACGUUAUAGUUAAGUCGCAAUAGCUGACAGUUUACUAUUGAACCAUGAUGAUGCUGAAGGAGAUUAUCGUUCUUGGGCUGGUUCUUGCCCUUGUUGCCGCUGAUUCUGACCCUAGGGAUACUUUUUGUUCUGGGAAAUGUGCAGUUCACCAACAUGAUGUCGACAAGUGUGUGCUGGACAAUGGUUGCUACCAACUGGAGCAGGGCGAACAGAAGAACCAAUGUUUCGACAACUGCCACAAGAACUCCGCGGUCGAGAGGUGCUACACCAGGUGCAUCAAGCGCUACGACAGGUGCCUGGUCAGGUGCAACAAUGACUCGACUUGCUUCGACAAAUGUGUCAAUGUUAAGCCAUGCCACAACAAAAACGGACCACGAAAACCGAAGAAGGAGAAUUAAAUGACUAAAUAUUUUUAGGUUUCGAUACUAUUUUAUUCUGCUUACUUGUAAAUUUUAAAAUGGUUGACGCACGCAAAAUAUUAGUAAUUAAACCAAAGUUUGCUGACGCAUGAUAUUUUACAGUAAAACAGCGAAUACUUACGGAUGACAGAUUUUUCACUGUCCUUUAAAAUUUUUGAAUUAAAAUAUUAAAAAACAAGUACAUUUUUCCGAUUUAAAAAAAAACAUGUUUUUUCAUAGUAUCGCUUUCACAAAAGAAGACCUACUGUACAAACAAUUCAUUUAUAAAAAAAUUGUGUACAUAUGUAUCAAAGCUCGUUUGGUUUUUUUAAUUAUAUUUAGCUAUAACGGCAACGCAUUUAUAUAACCAUGUUUGUUUUUUUAGCGUAAAAAAUAAAUUGCAUGAAGCAUAAGGAUUUGAGUAUUUAUUUUUAAUAAAAGAUUAUAAUUUUGUUAGAA